UCCAGCGAUUCAGACGUGGACCUCCAGCAGCUCAUCCUCGAGGCUUACGACCGCUUACUGGUGGAGAACUACUGCAUCAUCGCUUCCUCAGCCCUCAUCAUCGCAGACUACUUCUUCACGCUCCCCGAGGAGAUCGAGAGGAUAUGGCGGCGACGCUUCACGGGCGCCACCAUUAUCUUCUUCAUCACCCGCUACGCCGCGGUCCUCGAGAGGAUCGUCUUGUUGGUCAGCGUGCUCCUGCCCACCGUGGAGGACAAGGUGAUCCUCUUCUUCCCUUCCAGAUGCGUCCCAGUCUUACGCCUUGAUGACACCAUGACAAACAUAAGCUAUCUAUCUUUCGGACUGUUCGCCUUGCUGCGCGUCCGGGGUAUCUGGCUUGACAACUCGAUACCCUUAUACUUCCUGGCCCUCCUCACUCCAAUCAGACCUAUCAUCAGCAUCUACUCUCAAGUCCACUACACGCCCAUAGCGUUCGGCGCGCCGCUCUAUGGGUGCGGUGCCGCGUACCACCUCGACUCGGAUGCGUACUACCGACUGAACUACGUCUCCCGCGCGGUGGGCAUCGCGAUCGACAUCACCGUCAUCGCGCUCACCUGGUACAAGACGUUCGGGAUCAAGCGCGACUCGCGCCGCCUCGGCCUCCGCGCGCCCUACGUGACGCUCCUCCUCCGCGACGGGACGCUCUACUUCGUUGUCAUCCUCGCCGUCCAGAUCUUCAGCAUCAUCUCCCUCUCCGUCGGCUCCACCUUCGUCCUCUUCGACGUCUGGCCCUUCUUCGAGCAGGUCUUCACCGCCCUCUCCCUCUACCGCUUCAUGCUCAACCUCCGCGGUGUCUACCUCGCCGACGCCGGCCCCUCGGACCGCUCCGCCUCCGCCUCCGCCCCCCUCACGUCCUCGAGCGCGACCUGGGCCGCGAUGCGCUUCGUCCCCGGCCCCGGCGCCGUCGUCGGCAACAUGGGCGCGCCCCUC